AUGUUCGCCCCGGCCGUUGUCGCCGGCUGGUUCAGUGCAUUGUUCAGUUGCACGACACACACACACAUACCUGCCUUAUACACGCCCCCACGAAUCGUGGAAGCCUCGUGCUUGGGCUGGAGCUUGACUCAAGGAGAAGCAAAAACUCAAGGCGCCAUAUUUGCAGAGCGCGGAAGUGCACACUUCAGAGCACCCACGAAUACUAGCGGAACCACAGAAACUCAAGUCUUCCAAGGAACAAAAAAUUGCACAAACUCUCUGCCCUUGGUCACGAUUAAUGUGGCCGCGUCAUUUUAA